AUGCUGUCCCUCAAGCUCCCACAUCUAGCCCUCUUUCAUCUGGUGCUAGGAACCUGCCUGGCAGAGCUCCUCACCCCGUUCCCCGACACCGCCAGCGACCUCGCCAUAAAAUUCCAACCGGUCCUCGACUUCGACACGGACAGCUGCUACCAGACCGCGGCCAUCGGCAAAGACUACAAGCUCAACUCCGGCCUCAGCCCAAACCUCGCUCCACCGCGCCCCCCAGGUGGGCCAGGGAUUCCUCGAGCCGCCGACGAUGAGCAAGUCGUCUUCGCUGCCAAUGCGACCGACAGUGAGAGCGAGAUCGGGGUCCGCUCCUCGCACGGCCCCUACACACCCUUUGGAUGCCGCGACAAGGAACGCCUAGACCACAGCCAGACGUACGUGCGCGAGCGCUGCAACCACGGGUGGUGCGCGUACCUGUACGGGUACUACUUUGAAGUCGACUCUGGGUUCUCAAACGCCCACCAGCACGACUGGGAGCACGUCAUUGUGUGGACGCUCAACGACCAGGUGUUCUUCGUCAGCUGGUCCGCGCACGGCGACUACACGACGCACUACUCGUCGACGAUCCGGUUCGAGGGCUCGCACCCGAAGAUCGUGUACCACCUCGGGUCGUCGGGGACGCACUCGCUGCGCAAGGCCGAGGCCAAGGAUGAUGAGAUUGAGAACGAUACGGGGCGGUGGUUCCGGGCGCCGCUGGUGUCGCUCGAGAAGAUGCCCUGCGAGUUUAACCGCAAGCUGCUGAAUAACAAUUGGGGCAGUGCGCAUAGUGAUUUGAAUAGGCUAGGGGAGAAGUUGGAUAAGUGGAUGCCGUGGGAUGCGAGAAAUAAUGAAAAGUUUAACCCGUGGGAGCCCAAGGUGCCGUCGUGGGCCGUGAGGGGGUGA